UAAGUUGCAGUGGAGGUGGAGCCUGUGGGAGUGACUUUUGAGCGAGUCAACAAGGCUUUUUUUAUUUCAUAUGAAGAGGUUGUUCGUUCCCUUUGUUCAUUAGCCGACGACGGACUCUGUAAUGGCUUCCUUCAUUCCUCUCGCAAUCCUCUUCUUCUCCAUCUCUCUGCUCGACAAGACUGCAUCCAUCAGAAUAUCGAAUCAGAUCUCAGAUGCCGUCGUCGAUUCGCCGGAUCGCCCCUUGAAAUCGGCGGUUUUCGCUCUCGGGAGCUUCUGGCGAUCCGAGGCGGCCUUCGGCUGCAUCGACGGCGUCGUGCGAACAACAUCCGGUUACUCCGGCGGAACGAAGACGAAUCCCGAGUAUAGAAAGUUGGGUGAUCACGCCGAGUCUGUUCAGGUUGAAUAUGAUCCAAGUAUAGUUGGUUAUCGUCAGCUCUUAGAUGUGUUCUGGUCUAAUCAUGAUUCCAGACAAGUCUUUGGACAAGGCCCUGAUGUCGGUAAUCAAUACAGAUCUUGUAUUUUCACUAAUUCGACGGAAGAGUUGAGGCUGGCUACUAUUAGCAAAGAAAGAGAGCAGCUUAAAUCAAGAAGCAGUAUCGUCACUACCCAAAUUCAACAGCUGGGAACGUUUUAUCGCGCAGAGCCUGACCAUCAGAAGUUUGAGCUGAAACAGCAUCCGUUCCUUCUUCAGCUAAUAGGAAACAUGGCGGAAGAAGAGCUCGAGAGAUCAGCUCUAGCCACUAAGCUAAACGGUUAUGCAGCUGAGCUCUGCCCACCAAGACUCCAGAAACAUAUCGACUCUAGAGUAAACGAGAUCAUUAGAAAAGGUUGGCCGGUCUUGAAAGACAUCUAAUAUAUAUGUCAACUGAUUCUCCUCGUCUUGGUUUCGAUUGAUAAUAGUAUCUCAAAUGUAAGUUUUUGUUCAUUCUUUUAUCUAGGAAUACUGGUCGUAUACUCAUCCCAGCAAUAUUUGCAUGUUUUCUCUUCCUCAUCACUCGCAUAGAAUAAGCUUCUUUGUUCCCCUGUAAACAUAUUAUUUGGAAUUUCAUCUUUUAUCUUAUUAAAAUAUUAUUUGAAAUUUUA